CUAUACUAGAGUAGUAGUUUAAUCUAAUAUAUAAUGGUUAAUCUAUUAGUAGAGAGAAAGGAAUGUGGAAUUGAAGUUUUUGAGUGAGGAAGAUGUAAUGAUGUGAAGAGAGUAGAUUUAAAGUUUAUAAUAAUGUUUAUAAUAUUUUGACAAAAAUUAAAAUGCGAAAUAGAAAGGGGAAAAAAAUUGAUUAAAAUUAGUUAUUGUGAUGAGAUAAAAGGAUAGACAAAAGAGUAAAGGGAAAUACUUAAGCAUAUCGAAAGAACUAGUAUAAAUAGUUGAUGUUCAUGGAGGACCAAAUUGUAAGAAUUGGGGAUAAGUAGCAAGACAUUUAGAAGCUUAGGUUGGGAUAAAGAUUGAGAAGGCAUAUAGAUUGAAGAGAGCGUAAUAAAUUUAUAUGAAUAAAUAUAUAUAGAUGGGAAUCAUUUGUAGAUUACAAUGAG